AUGGCUGAUAUCGAAGAAUACAAACAUCAGGAAUCGGAUAUCCAUGAGGAAGAAGGUGAUCAAGUGAUUGGCAGACUUAACUUGCAGAUCAACCAUAAACAUAUAAAAGAUCUAAUUGAUAUAGAAGAUUUUUCAGAAAAGCCAUCGCCGGCUAGCAAAGGUCCACACGGUGUGCAAGUGGUGAACACAGGUCCGGACCAUACAUUCGUUCUGGAUGAAGAUGCUUUAGCCGAGUUGCUGCUGCAGGAUGACAUCAAGGACAGAUCCGUUGUCGUCAUAUCUGUGGCUGGCGCUUUUAGGAAGGGCAAAUCUUUCUUAUUAGACUUCUUUCUACGGUAUAUGCACCACAAGUAUGGUUCCGGCGGCGGUGGGGAUUGGCUGGGGUCUGACGAUGAACCCCUCGGCGGGUUUAGCUGGCGAGGCGGCUCCGAACGGGAUACCACCGGCAUACUCAUGUGGUCUGAGAUUUUCAAAGCCACGCUGGAUGAUGGCGAGGAGGUAGCAAUAAUCCUUUUGGACACACAAGGUGCAUUCGACAGCGAAUCCACAGUACGGGACUGUGCAACUGUAUUCGCUUUGUCCACAAUGUUGUCCUCCGUACAGAUAUACAACCUUUCGCAGAAUAUACAAGAGGACGACCUACAACAUUUACAAUUAUUUACGGAAUACGGACGAUUGGCCCUGGAAGAUGGUGGUAGGACUCCGUUCCAAAGACUUCAGUUCGUUGUACGAGACUGGAGUUUCCCUUACGAAGCGCCCUAUGGGGCCAGCGGAGGACAGGCUAUUCUCUCCAGAAGACUUAAGGUAUCGGACAAGCAGCAUCCGGAGCUGCAAUCUCUGCGCAAACACAUCACAUCCUGCUUCGGCGAGAUCGGAUGCUUCCUCAUGCCGCAUCCGGGACUGAGGGUCGCUACUAGUCCCACUUUUGAUGGACGACUUUCUGACAUCGAGGUGGAAUUCAAGCGUGCUCUACAGCAGUUGGUGCCGAUGCUGCUGGCUCCGGACAACCUUGUGGUGAAAGAGAUCAACGGCCAACGAGUAAGGUCCAAAGACCUUCUACUCUACUUCAAAGCUUACAUGAACAUUUACAAAGGCAACGACUUGCCGGAACCGAAAAGCAUGCUCGUGGCAACAGCCGAAGCGAACAAUCUGACAGCUGUCGCAGAAGCGCGUGAUGUAUACACGACCCUAAUGGAGGAGAUAUGCGGUGGGGCGAAGCCCUACCUCCAGGCCCAAUUAUUGGAGGCCGAGCACAAGCGGAUUCGGGAUAAGGCGCUUCACGCGUUCAGAGCCAAGAGGAAAAUGGGGGGAGACGAGUUCAGUCAGGCUUAUUGUCAGCAGCUUACGCAGGACCUGGAAGACCAAUUCCAACAAUUUCGGGCUCACAACGAGAGCAAAAACAUAUUUAAGGCCGCGCGUACGCCGUCCGUGUUCUUUGCGAUCGCGCUCACCUUUUACGUCCUCAGCGGAGUCCUAGGGCUCGUCGGGCUCUACCCUGUGGCCAAUCUCUGCAAUCUGUGCAUGGGAAUGGCUCUGCUGACGCUGGUCCUUUGGGCGUAUAUCAGGUACAGUGGUGAAAUGAGAGAACUGGGCGUGACGAUAGACGAAGCCGCCAAUUGGCUGUGGGAUAACGUCAUAAAGCCGGUGUAUCAAGCCGGCCUAGAGAAAGGCAUGGAGCAAGCCGCGGCGGCGGCCGCCGAAAGAGUCUCCGCGCCCACCGCCAACGGGAAGCACAAACAGUUGUGA